AAUGAAGCCACAUGACAAAAACAUCAUCUGACGUCUGGCCUCGGCACAAGCGCAAACACCGAGUUGGGGGGAAAUUCCUUCAAUUGUGAGAAAGGGGAGAAACCGGGCCGCCCGCCUGCUUGCCCCCCGCCGUCCCGGAGCCGCGCCGCUGUGUCGGGGAGUUCCCCAGGACUCGGUAUCUGUUCUCUGCAACAGUAUUUUAUAAUACUGUGCAAGUGCACCAGCAGGAAUCUGACUGAUUCAUCUGUGCUCAGCACAAAGGUGCUGACUGGCCUGCGGAGAAUUUCGAGAGUAACCUGUGUUUUUAUUUCUGACAUCCAAUGUCUUCAGCUUUUAUAAAUAAAGCAAAGAACUGUGGAUGCUAGCGAUCUGAAACAGAAAUUGCUGGCGAAACUCGGCAGGUCUGGCAGCAUCAGUGGGGAGAAAGCAGUUAACAUUUCAAGCCCAGUAACUCUUCAUCAGAACCUUCUGAAUGUUAUCGUCAUCUUUUAUUUGCUUUUCGUUUGUGGUCAGGGUUGUUUUGCAAGCUUGCAAAUGCUUUGCUCGAAGUCUUUUUGCUACAAUCUUCAAAAUAGAAUGAAAGAUAUAUAGGGUUUGUGUGAUUGAAAGUGUGCCGUGGUAUGACGACUACUAACAAGGGAAACAAGGCCUUAAAGGUGAAGCGGGAGCCAGGUGAAAAUGGAGCCAGUCUCACAGAUCAGGAGCUCGUUUCUAUGUCCGUUCGAGAAUUGAACCAACAUCUGCGGGGCCUAACUAAAGAAGACAUCAUCCGGCUGAAGCAGCGCCGCAGAACGCUCAAGAACCGUGGCUACGCUGCCAGCUGCCGUGUCAAGAGGGUAACUCAGAAGGAGGAAUUGGAGAAGCAGAAAGCAGAACUUCAGCAAGAGGUAGAGAAGCUGGCAUCUGAGAAUGCCAGCAUGAAAUUAGAGCUGGAUGCCCUGAGAUCCAAGUAUGAGGCCUUGCAGAGCUUCGCCAGGACCGUAGCCAGAGGACCCGUCAUGCCGGUUAGAGGUCCUAUCACUUCUGCCAUUGGGCCCAUUAUGCCAGGCAAAGUGGCUACCACCAGUGUCAUCACAAUAGUCAAAUCCAAAACCGAUGCAAGAUCUUAGUACAUACUGCUGUAGACACAGGCCAGAGACAAACUAGUUCUUCGUAACACUGGUCAAUUCAUGGAGUUAAACACAAAUGUUUGAAUAAAUAACCUACCCGCCAUCCUUCACCAACCCCCCCCCCCCCCCCCCACACAAA